AUGUGCAUGAUCCCAUUCUUUUGUUCUUUAAGUAAAUUUUGCUGUAUGAAAUAUUUAAGUAAAUCUUUUGCUGUUAUAAAAAUAAUGCUAGGUGUUUUUUUGGAACAUCUUCAUGGUGUCUUAUUUGUGGUUAAAAAUUUAAAUAAUGUCUUCGGGGGCGUAUUUCCGGCCAUUUAUAUGACCGAAAAUACGUCUUUGCGCCCAAAUGCCCGUAAGUAUCUUACCAAAAUCGUCAUUUUAAUUUGUUCAAAUCCCCAUUUCAAUAAGAUCGACAAUUAA